CGCCAACUCCCGCCAAUCCUCGGUCGUCCCUUUUAUUUCUGUCCUUUUUGGUAUAUUAAGCAAGCGCAACUUCGUCACAAUGGCCAAGGACAAGUCCGAGAAGAAGGACAAGCGUGAGAAGAAGGAAAAGCGCUCGGAGAAGGACGGCGUCCACAAGAGCAAGAAGGACAAGAAGGAAAAGAAGGACAAGACUGUUCUCGCUGAGGCAGUAGAGCAGGAGCUUACUAGCAAGGUUCUGGAUGGAAUCGACAAGGCUGUUGCUGCCGAGACUGCCGUCAAUGGAACUGCUGAGGCUGAGAUGGAUGUCGACAGCCGCCCCGUCGGUGCACUGGUGCCAUUUGCCAACCCUCUGGUUGAGGACAAGCAGGCUAAGAAGGUUCUCAAGAGUGUGAAGAAGGCUGCCGUAAACAAGUGCCUGAAACGCGGUGUCAAGGAAGUCGUCAAAGCUCUUCGCAAAUCGCCCAUCCCCGCCGCCAAUGCUACCAUCUCCAUUCCCACCGGAGUUGUCAUCCUUGCCGCGGACAUUUCGCCCAUGGACGUCAUCUCACAUAUCCCCGUUCUCUGCGAAGACCACGGUAUCCCAUAUGUUUUUGUCACAUCGCGAGCCGAGCUGGGUAACUCGGCUGCUACUAAGCGCCCGACCAGUGUCGUCUUGGUUGUGCCCAAAUCAGCCUCCAAGGGCAAGAAGAGCGGCGAGUCGGAAGCCGACGGAGAGGAUUUCAGCGAAGUCUAUGAAGAGUUGGCCAAGCUCGCCCAGAAAGAGUCCAAGAAGGUGAACCUGUAAAGGUCUCUUCUUUCUUUCCGUUGCUCUCUUCUGUUUCUGUGGGUUUUAUUUUAAUGUCGGGGCUGUUGCCCUCUUUCGCUGCUGUCUCCUCAAUUGCUCUGGCUGUACAGUUCCACGUUUUUGUCUGACAAGGCAGUGCAUGUCUUUGGGGUCUGGCCUUUGGGACGUGUUCAUUUGGGUUGAUCUUUCAUGAUAUGUCCGUUGCAAAUCUGGCGUUCGUAACUUGGUGUAUGAAAAGGCAGGAAGUCUUUCUAAAAAUGAAGCUCAACACGAAGUUGAUAUUGUUCGAUCU